AUGAUCUUAUUAUCACUAUUAACACUUACAUUAAACGUUUUCGUGAUUUUGAAACUGUUCAGCUCCGCUUUCCGUCCAUUUCGACAUACUGCAGCCGCAAUUGCUCUAUACUUGUUAAGCUGUCUUUGCGAGGUCGCUCAAGAGGUUCGAAAUGAAUUAAACAUUGCUACUCGUCAGUUAACUUCGGAACAAAUUAAGAACAAGAAUUCAAGGAAUCUAAGGAACCAAGAUAGGAUGAGUAGCUUACGUUCAAAAACUGCAGAAUUGACGGAGAAAAAGCAACAAUUAGAGUCAUAUUUUAAUGAUUUUUUUAAUGGUGUAUUUAUUCAUCGUUAUCGAGAUGUAGAAGCAGUAAUACGAGCAGAAUGCGUUAAAGAAUUGGGAGUUUGGAUCGUAAAAUAUCCUGAUCGAUUUUUAGAAGAUAAAGUUACGAGAUAUCUUGGUUGGCAAUUGUCGGAUAAAUCUCCGAUUGCUAGAGUAGAGGCAAUUAGAUCUUUAUCGCGUCUCUAUAUUAAUGAGACGUUCAUAAGUGGAUUGCGCAAUUUCACCGAGCGAUUUAAACCACGCUUAAUUGAAAUGGCUUUGCGAGAGGCCGAACUUAGUGUUCGCAUUACUACCAUUAGUUUGUUAACCCAAAUAUAUAAAGCAGGAUUAUUAGAAGAUGAGGAUCGUGAUGAAUUAUCACAUCUUAUAUAUAGUGAUUUACCAAAAGUGAGAAAAUCAAUCGCUCCCUUCGUUAAAGAUUUACUAGACGAGGAUUUUAUUAGCUCGAAACUUACAAAGGUUCAAACUUUUUUGUCCAGUAACGACACUAAACGAAAAAACAGAAGUGCUAGUAAUGAAAUUGUAAAUUCUGUAAAACUUAUUGGAGAUGUAAAAAAUAAUAGAAUAGCAUUAGCUAUUGAAGCUCUCUGGGGUGAAAUGGAAAUAUUACAUGACUGGCAUAGUUUAGCCGAAUAUCUUUCCAAAGAUCAUUCCUUAACAGAUAACUCCAGUACUGCAAAAGAAUCUCAGGGUGAGAACGAUCCUAUUGAUGCUAUCGAAGAUUGUUAUAGACUAAGCGAGCGUGAAGAAUCUGUGUUAGUCCAGGUUUUUGUUGCUUGUCUUAAAUUGAUGCUUGUUGAUCCAUUAAGCAGAGAUAAGAAAAAGACUGAAGCACAAAUUGAAGAAAUACGCGAAGAAGUUUCGAGAAAGAUG